GUUCGGACGGAAAGCCAUGCUCCUGCUGUCGCUCCUGUGCUCUGUCGUAUUUGGGAUGCUGAGCGCUGCCUCCGUCUCCUACAGCAUGCUGGCCAUCACACGGACUCUCACCGGGGUGGCCUUGAGCGGCGUCUCCCUUAUUGUAUUGCCUUUCGGGAUGGAGUGGGUGGACAUACAGCACCGCACCUUCUCCGGGAUCCUGACUAGCAUCUUCUGGAGCAUUGGGAACAUGCUGCUGGCCAUGGUAGCGUACUUGGUACGGGAAUGGCACUGGCUGUUAGUAGCCGUAACAGCACCUUGUCUUCUGAGCAUUGCCUGCCUGUG